UGUUUGGGCGUGCCGGGGUGAUAGUAAAUUUGACCACAUCAAACGAAUUAAUUUUGUGUGGUUAAUUGAUUGGAAAUUCCGGAUAAACAGACCCAGUACCUUGACAACUCCAGAGAAACUGUCCCGAAAGCCAGCAGACUAAAUUAGCUAGAGUAUGAGUGGCCACGUUGGGAGCUUAACUCCCCAGCAAGAAGAAGCUCUUUCAAAGUUCAAAUCAGCAGUGUCAGACAUUCCCAACAAACCAGAGGACAAUGACUACUUCUAUUUGAGAUGGCUCAGAGCCAGAAAGUUCAAGGUCGACAAAGCAGAGCAAAUGUUGAGGAAUCACAUGACAUUUCGAGCUGAGCAAGGGGUAGACACGAUUCUGCAAGACUGGACCCCUCCCGAGGUGCUGCAGAAGUGUUUCCCUGGAGGGUUCUUUGGAGAGGACAGAGAUGGCCACCCAGUCUGGUAUGACAACUAUGGAAACAUGGACUUUAGAGGAAUUCAAAGAUCCUGUAGGAAAGAAGAUGUAUUUAAACUAAAAGUGUACCACUUGGAAACCACUGCAAAAGUUUGCGAAGAAUACUCCAAAACAAAAGGAAGACAUAUUGACACAAUAACUUCAGUAAUUGAUCUCGAACAUCUCAGCUUUCAGAAACACUAUUAUUGGCCGGGGAUCAACUUGUUCAGAGAGGCUUUGGCGAUGUUUGAAGCCAACUAUCCCGAGAGAAGCAAAAGGAUAAUUGUCGUGAGAGCUCCCAAAGCUUUUCCAGUUGCUUUCAAUCUCAUCAAACCUUUCCUCAAGUCUGAGACAAGAGACAAAAUUGAUGUGCUUGGCAGCAACUGGCAGGAAGAGCUCCAGAAGUACAUCAGUCCUGACCAGCUCCCUCAAGCGUAUGGUGGGACCAGAUGUGAGCCUGAUCCAUGGUGCUCUGAUCAUCUUAACCCUGGCUGUGACGUACCUCCUGAGUACUAUUUGACCAAUCAGACAGAGACUGAGAAAGAGGAGAUGGACAGGGUGGUGGUGGGGAGAGGAGGAUGCUGUGAGCUAGAGUAUCAGGUCGAGUUGGAGGGUUCACUCAUUCGCUGGGAGUUUAUCAGUACUUGCUACAACAUCAGCUAUAGCAUCCUCUAUAAGGACUCAGAAGCAAAACAAAGCAAGGAGGAAGUGCUGCCAACACAACAGACAGACAGCCAUCUGGCCCCAGAGCAGGGAACACAUGCAUGUGAUUCCACAGGAACUUAUAUACUCAAGUUUGAUAAUUCCCGGAGUUGGACUCGCUCUAAGGAAGUAUUCUACUCUGUCAAAGUGUUGCCCCCGGAUACCGACCCCCAGUCACAGGCGACCAAUCAGAUGGAGGAGAUCAGUGACACUGAGGAGUUCUUUGAUUGUGACUCAGAUUCAGAGGAGGGUGGUCUCAAAAUGAACAAUGUAGAAAAAAAAUCAACUACAGUGUGAUGUGAAGUGCAUUUUCAACAUUAUUUAUUGGUUUAGUUUUGUAUAUGCUUGUGUAUUUACAGAAUGAGAUUGCACAGCAAAAGUCA